UAGGCGAGCUGAUAUUGAAACCGUCUUAAGUGUCUUAGGGAGAUUUGUAUUCACAGGGCUCUUAAAAGCUAGCCAGAGCGGAUCGUUUCAGCUGCAGUCCCUUUUUCAUAACUGAGAGAGCAUGAGCCAUUUGCACAACUUACUGUUAGAUACCCUCCUGGGAACGAAGCAUGUGGACAGUGCAGCCCUCAUCAAAAUCCAGGAGCGGAGCCUGACUGUAGCAUCACCAGGAUUUAGUGUAAUGCCCUGUGAUGUCCGAACACUUGUGAAUGGAUUCGCCAAGAACCCCUUGCAAGCCAGAAGAGAAGGGUUGUAUUUCAGGGAAAAAGACUACAAAUGUGUCCGGGCAGAUGACCAUUCUCUUUAUGCUAAGAAUGAAAACACUGGUGUGGUGGUUGUGAAGACUCAUGUGUAUCUUCUGGUGGCAACAUACAUUGAGGGCAUGUAUCCUAGUGUUUGUGUGGAAGCCACAGAGAAGCUGGGAGAAUAUCUAAGAAAAAAAGGAAAUUAAGUAAUCAGAGGACCAUGAAAGACAGCUUUUAUUGUUUUAGAAGAAGACUAUAGAUCCUAAAGAAAAAGUGAUGCCUAUUUUGUAGUUGAAAAACACUAGGCAGAAGAGAUACUGAAAAGGAAGAAUGAGUUAAGGGAGUAAUUUUUCUUAUUUCAAAAGAUCCUCUUCUUUAAUUGGAAUUAUUUGAUCAACUUUAUCUGUUCCUUUUUUUUUUUUUAAAGUUUUGGUCAUUGGCGUGAGUGUGAGAGCAUUGAUAGUUUCACAGGGCAUAUCUGUUGGGAAACUCCUCUAUGAGUCUUUUGUACUCCUACACAUCUGUCUGGGUAUGCCAAGAAUGCUGGCCCUAACCACUCUUUAUUCAAGCCAUUUCUCAGGGUUGUGUUGCAGGAAGCGACCUUGAAAAAUUAAGUAGUGUCCCUUCAGAACAAAGAGCCAGCUUGCUUACUGCUUGCUAUAAAAGAGGUAGAUUCCCUGAACUCAGUGUCGUGUUUAUAAAAUUCUGCCAUUUUCAGGAUUUGUGUAACAGCCUUUCAAGGCACUUACUUCCAACAUCAUUCUUUUUCUGAGCUUGGGUACCAAGAACUACAGAUAUGUUCUUGGUGGUCAACCUUACCAUUAGUCCAUUCAUUCAUUUAUCUAUUCAGUUGCUUGAUUCUUUUUUGAACAAGAGGUGAAAACGCAUUUAAAAUUCACUUAUUUAGCAUUCAUUGAAUAGCCUACUGUGUGCUAGGUACUGGUGAUACAAAAGUAAAUAAUAUAUGUAUCUUACCCCUGAUAGGAUUACAAUCUAGUAGGGAAGGCAAACUUGUUAAUGCGUCACAUUACCGUGGGAUAAGUGAUGUAACAGAUAUAAAACAAAAAACUACAGAGCACAGAGCCUUAACUGUGCAUUCAGGAGACUGAAAAUGGUGUUUGAAGUGAAUAUGGAAGAGUGAGUAAGUAUGGAAGAUAGCAAAGAGCAUUUGCCCUUGAAGGAACAUAUGCAAAGGCACAGACUCCUGAACAGUAGUGUUGUGUGGAAAGAAUGGUGAGGAGUUCAGUGUGGCAUGUGCCAGGCCCUCUUCAAGGAGUUCGUGCUGCAAGACCUGAGGUUCUUGUGAGAUUGUCUAAAGUGAAAAAACAGGUCAGUAGUGUGCUUUCCUUAUUGAGGAGCAGAAAACCAUUGUGAAAUUGCUGAAGGCACAGACACGGAGUCAGAAAGCUAAAUUUAAAAAUGAAGCCUUUUUCAGUAAUAAAAAAAAUUUUUUUAAGUAGUAUUUGUGAGAAAAUGAUAAACAAAAUUGGGAAGAUGGAUGGGGCCAAAGGAGAAAAGGCUGUUUCCUCAGGGUCACUCAAAGGACAUGAGCAGUGCUGUGGUAUGAAAAGUACUUUUAUAAAACGAUUACAAUUCUGAUUACAAAAGUAAUAUGAACUCAUAAAAAUUAAGAAAAUAAGUUACUCAUAAUUUCACAUUAAAUGAAAACUACUAUUGAUAGUUUUGUUAUUUUCUUCCUGUCUUUUUUCAGUGCACAUAAUACAUAAUUUUAACCUAACCUAGAUCAUCAAUACAUAUGGUUGACAUCCCACUCUGUUCACUUAGUUUUAUGUUAUGAAACCUUGAAUAUCAUUAAAAUUGCUUAGAAAACA